GACUGGGACUUGCAAUGGAAUUGCAACCUGACAUGCCCCAUGUGUGUGCAGAGCAGGCGCUGGCCAUGGUGGGACACAGGCAACCUUGUGUGCAGGCCUUUACACGAAUGGUCAAAGUGUGGAAGCAGGGAUGCACUGCACAUCGGUGGUGCGUUGGGUAUGAGAGGAGGACUGGUUACUACACUGCUUAUAGACAGGUGUACAGUUUAGAGCUCCAGACCAUCUACAAGUGCUGCGUAGGAUGGAACCAACAAAACGAGGAGCCAGGUUGCUUACACCCCACAUGCUCUGUUGGUGCAUGUUUCAAUGGAGGCAAAUGUACCGAAGGCAUCUCUCAAGUGUGUCACUGUCCAGAGGGAUUCCAGGGUUCACAAUGUCAGUAUGAUGUGAAUGAGUGUGCCAAGGAUAAUGGAGGGUGUCAAGACCAGUGUUGUAACACCAUUGGCAGUUAUUACUGCAAAUGCCCAACGGGACAGAGACUUGAAGCUAAUGGGAAAUAUUGUGAAGAUGUUGAUGAAUGUUCUGUGGUUAAUGGAGGCUGCCAACAAAAUUGUAUCAACACCAAAGGAUCCUUUUACUGUGAAUGUGAGCCUGGCUAUAAGAUCCAUGCAGAUGGUCGCACAUGUAUCUCUAUCAAUUCCUGUUCUAUGAACAAUGGUGGUUGUGAACAUGAGUGCGUGCAGAUCAGUGAAAGCCACUACCAGUGCAAAUGCCGAUGGAACUACCAGCUGACAGGAGACGGGAAACAUUGUGAAUUGAAAGAUCCGUGUCACGACAGAAAUGGUGGCUGUGGCCACAUAUGCCGCAACAAAGCUGGAAUUGCACAGUGUGAAUGCAAUCCUGGAUAUCAGCUGUCGGUGAAUGGGAAGAGCUGUGAUGACAUUAAUGAGUGCACCACAGGAAUUGCAAUGUGUGCUCAUCAGUGCAUCAAUAUCCUGGGAUCAUUUAGCUGCAUCUGUAACCCUGGAUUUGAGCUGGGUGCUGAUGGGAAACAGUGUUAUCGUAUUGAAAUGGAGAUUGUGAACAGCUGUGAGAGGAACAAUGGUGGAUGUUCUCACCACUGUGAACACACAACCACUGGACCUUCCUGCUCUUGUAAUCAGGGAUACAUCCUGGACUCUGAUGGGCACACAUGUCUUGAUUCCAAUGAGUGUGAGACUGGCACAGCUUGCUGUGCACAAGACUGUAAUAACAAUCCUGGAGGCUAUGAGUGCAGCUGUCAAGCAGGGUACCGGCUGAACAUGGAUGGAUGCAGCUGUGAUGAUGUAGAUGAGUGCUCAGCAGACAAUGGUGGCUGUGACCAUCUGUGUAUAAACAUCCUCGGAUCCUUUCAGUGUAUAUGCCAGGAAAGAUACAGGCUGGAUACAGACAGGAAGAGCUGUACUUCUCUUGAUGAUGAAUUUGAAGGGGAUUUGGAUGAAGAGGAGGAAGAGAUAGAACUGGUCAGAUUCCGGGGUAUGCUGUUGAGGGCCCCUCCACAGCUUCUUCACUACAAGCCCUCGCUGACACCCUUGUACCAGGAGGAUUUGAGGAGUGAACUCAGACUAGUCCAUAAAAUCAUUUGCUUGGAUAACACCUUUGGCAAUGACUGCAGCCUCACCUGUGCUGACUGUAUGAACGGAGGCCUCUGCAAUGCUGAGGGAGAUGGUUGCAGCUGCCCUGCAGGGUGGGCAGGUCUCAUCUGCAAUGAAACCUGUCCCCAGGGUACCUUUGGGAAGGACUGCAAUAACAUCUGUAAGUGUCAGAAUGGAGGAUCGUGUGAUGCAGUCACAGGGACAUGCCACUGCCCACCUGGAAUUGGUGGAGAAUUUUGUGAAGAUGGCUGUCCAAAAGGAUUCUUUGGAAAAAGCUGUAACAAGCGAUGUAACUGUGCUGGCAAUGGCUACUGUCACCGUUUCUAUGGGGCUUGUUUGUGUGACCCUGGCCUGUAUGGACGCUUCUGUCAUUUACCAUGUCCCAAGUGGGCAUUUGGACCUGGCUGUUCCAUAGAAUGUCAAUGUGUGCAGGCACAUGCAACUGGCUGUGACCCCAAAAAUGGCACCUGUAUUUGCAAACCGGGUUUCCAGGGCCUUGGAUGUGCAAGAGAUUGCAGCCCUGGUUUCUAUGGUGCUGGCUGUAAAUUCCAAUGUAACUGCGCGGUUGGUGUGCCAUGUGACCAAGAGACUGGCGAGUGUCAACACCAGUGCCCACCAGGGUUCCACGGAGAGGGAUGUCUACUGACUUGUGACUCUGGAAGAUUUGGGAUUAAUUGCAGACAGAAUUGUGACUGUGGAGGGGCUUCUUGCAACUCAAGAACUGGACAGUGCAUCUGCCCUGCUGGUAAAAUGGGACUGAGGUGUGAAGCAGAUUGCCCAACUGGUCACUGGGGCAUAAACUGCCAGUUCUCUUGUGAAGUCUGUGAAAAUGGAGGCGCUUGCAACAAGGAGUUGGGGACAUGUGACUGUCCGGCUGGAUUCACGGGAUCAUUGUGCCAGGAUGCUUGCUCUCCGGGUUAUUACGGGCCGGCUUGUCAGCAUCCCUGCCACUGUGAAAAUGGCACCCUGUGUAACAGUGUAACUGGUGACUGUAUCUGUGGGCCAGGGUGGAUGGGGCCUGACUGCAAAACAGCUUGUGAUGUGGGCCGAUGGGGAAAAGGCUGCAAGGACUCGUGUGACUGCAACAGCACUGAUGGGAGCUGUGACCCUGUGACUGGCCACUGUCUGUGUGAGGCAGGGUAUACAGGGGACCGCUGUGAAUACAAGUGCCCUGGUGGAAACUAUGGUCCACGAUGUGAAUCCAUCUGCCGGUGUGAAAAUGGAGCGGCUUGCGAUCAUGUCAGUGGGGCAUGCACUUGUGCAGCUGGAUGGAUGGGAACCUUCUGUGAAAGAUCCUGUCCUGACCAGCGAUAUGGUGGGGGCUGCAGCCAACAUUGUGAUUGCUACAAUAAUGCGACGUGUGAUCAUGUGACUGGCCAGUGCCUCUGUCCUUCUGGAUGGACAGGAAUCACGUGUCAACAACGAUGCCCUACUGGUUUCUACGGAAUGAACUGCCUGCAGCCCUGCGUAUGCAGGGACUCGGCCCAGUGCGAUCCCGUGAGUGGAACGUGCACCUGCCCCAAAGGGUGGACUGGUAUCGCUUGUGAGCUGGAGUGUGAAGAUGGAUGGUUUGGAGAAGGAUGUCAGCAACAUUGCAGCUGCAGUAAUGGGGGUACCUGCGACCGACGCUCCGGAGAAUGCACUUGCAGACCCGGCUGGAUCGGAGAAAGGUGUCAAACUUCUUGCCCAGCAGGAUACCACGGAGAGCACUGUGAGGAAAGAUGCGAGUGUGAAAAUGCCAUUUCCUGCCAUCAUGAGACUGCAGUUUGCCAGUGCGCCCGAGGCUGGCGGGGGAAGAGGUGCGACAAACCCUGCCUGCCUGGUUACUAUGGAGAAGACUGUGACCAGAGAUGUGAGUGCUUGCCUGGCAUUGCCUGUAACCAUGUGACCGGAGAGUGUGGUUGUCCUGCUGGAUUCACUGGCAAUGGUUGCGAAGAAAGUUGUCCUCCGGGCACCUAUGGGCAGGACUGCAACCAGGUGUGCCAGUGCUCAGGAGUGAAUGAAGAAUGCCAUCCUGUUACUGGCCGCUGUACCUGUCUUCCUGGCUACCAUGGGGCACAAUGUGAUCUCCGAUGUCCGGAGGGAACCUAUGGCCCAUACUGCCGAGAGAGAUGUAAAUGUCAAAACGAGGGCCGGUGUGACACGGUGACUGGAACCUGCAGCUGUCCUCCUGGAUUUAUUGGAGCUGAUUGCACGAUUGCUUGUCCAGAAGGUUAUUACGGGAAAGACUGUAUGAGGCUAUGUGACUGUGGUAAAGAAGGUCGAUGUGACCCUGUGACAGGAAAAUGCCUGUGUCGGUCAGGUGCAGUGGACCCCACUUGUCAAAAAGGUUGUCCAAAGGGAAGAUUUGGACAAAGCUGUCUGCAAGUCUGUACCUGUCACAACAAUGGAGUCUGUAACCCAGAAGAUGGAACAUGUUCCUGUGGACUUGGAUGGACUGGUACUCAUUGUGAGAAAGAAUGUCUUGCUGGAAAAUAUGGAGCUAACUGCCAGCUGGAAUGUUUGUGUUUGAAUAAUGGAACCUGCGAUCGGUUCACCGGCAGCUGCCAGUGUUUGGAAGGUUUCUAUGGUCCUCAGUGUGAACACAGUUGUCCUCUGGGCUUUUAUGGCUUGGUCUGUGCUCACUCCUGUGACUGUAAGAAUGGUGCUGCUUGUGAACCCAUCACAGGCCAUUGCAUCUGCCCACCUGGCUACCAAGGUGACUACUGUGAAAAAGCUUGCGACACUGGAUACUUUGGGGACAGAUGUCAGAAGAUUUGUGACUGUGAAGGCAUCACAUCAUGCCAUCCUGUAACAGGGAAGUGCUUCUGCCCACCUGGCAGAACUGGAGAUCGAUGUGAUACAGAAUGUCGACCGAACCGAUAUGGGCCUAACUGCUCCUUGACCUGCCAUUGUGCAAACAAAGCUCACUGUAACUCUCGUAAUGGAAAUUGUGCAUGUCCUUUCCAAUGGAUGGGGCCAACCUGUGAAGAAGGUGGUCCUCUUCGGUCGGUGAACUCCUAUCACAGUGUAUGGUCGCAAGGGCAUCGUCUGCCGAGAGGUGUCCGUCGCUCAUAGUUUGCUCCAGGACUUUUUCUUUCAAACAAUUUGUUUACAUCUGAAGAUUUACUCAAAGCAUCAGGAAAUAUUACGAACUACGGAGUAACAAACCUGAAUUUAUCUGCACAUAUGUUCAGGUGACCCCAAAGGAUAACAGAAGGGUACUCCU